AUGUCGGAAAUAGUUGACUGUAUCACUUGGAUUGUCCGGAAGUCGUGUUGGUCAUUUUAUGUGUUCUGUAAGUUUCUUUUACUUCGUUUUCUUGAUCUGUUGGGUCUUAUUUUCAACAUCCUUGCUUGUCUAACGAUAAUAAGACUACCAUGUAUGAUAAGACAGUUCAUCGACAUGGACAGUAUGGUUGAAUGGCGGUUAUUUGGUAUCAUUCAAUUUUGCAUCUUCCUUUUCGAUAUACCAGUGAUGUUCAUGGCUCUCGCUCUUUUUGUUUUUUCUUUUGGCCUGCUUUACAUUCCCAUGGUGCGAGAAAUUCAAGAGAAAGGAAUAAAGUGCGACUAUAAUCAUAGAAUUGAUAAGUUAUACUUUGGUGGUUUUGCACUUCGAAAAUUAGUGGCUCGUUGUUUUCUUCAACAUUUUACAGGAAUGUUAUGCAUCCCAUUGCUUUUCAUCACAUUAUUGUCUUGGCGCUCCGUUAUUCUUGUCAAGAAGCUUCGUCAAUAUGAUUAUUUUAAGUGGGAAUGGCGAAAAGUUAUUCUCUUACAAUUACAAUUGUUUGUCGACAUUCCUUGUGUAUUCGUGCUAUUGUUUGUCGUCAUUACGUGGCGUUUACCCUUUUAUAUUCACGAGGUUAAAAAAAUACGAAAGACUCGUGGUUGGAGUCGUUGGCGCUAUGUGGCUUUUAAGCAUUUAUUUUUAUUAUUUGUAGACCUUCUUUGUUUACUUUUAUGUUGCUUAACACUAGUCACAUGGCGUUCUGUGUUUCUUGUUAAAACACUGCUGAAACAAAAAUCUGACAACCCUACUAAGAAUUUACUGUCCAAUCGCUAUCAAUGGAAAGCCAGACGCAUUGUUGUCCAACAAUUUCUUCUCAUCUUUGUCGAUAUUCCUUGCAUUUUUUGUUUUCUUAUCAUUUUGAUAACGUUAUGGCGUUUACCGCGAUUUAUUAAGAACAUUCAAAAAAGUGAGUGGAAAAUAAGAAAGAAUUGUGUAUACCAAGCUGGAAUGAUGUUCGUGGAUUUAUCCUGUUUCUUUAUCUUAGCAAUAGUUUUCAUUACUCUAUGGAGACUGAAUCCAUUUCUAAAGGAUUUACGAAAGUACAAGAAACGAGACUCUGAGAGACGAUCUACGGAGAGCGCUGUUUCUAAGACAGAAAUAUACGUUGUAUCUCGUACAGCUUCGUGGAAAAUCAGAAAGACAAUUUGCAAGCAUUUCAUUUUCCUAUUUAUUGAUAUACCAGCCAUGAUAGCUUCUAUAUUCAUCUUCCUUACCGUAUACAGAAUACCAUCUUUGAUGUCAAAGCUUAUUCAGUCUGGGAACUUUUAUGUUGAAUUUGCUAUGAUUAUUUUCAUGGAAGUGGGAAAGUUAUUCAUCGAUAUGAUUUUCAUGGUUUUGUUUUUUCUUUUCAUGAUAAUGCGUCCCGUUGCAUCUUGGGUGUACUUGCUCGAAGAUGACGACCAUAAGCAGUAUCGUCUCGUCAGUAAUCAUUUAAAAUGGAUUCCUGAUAUGGUCAAAGAAACGCGAUUAAAACUGCGAAUUGCGUUGGAUGAAGAGUUUUCUCUGUGUUUCAAAGAUGGAAUUGAUGUUGUACGAGCACGCUUACGCAUGUCUCAAGUUUGUCUGCCAUAUUUAGAAAAGUGGAGAGCAUUACGCGAGAAGAUUAUGGAGAACGAUGCAUAUACUGAUCUUGCUCAUUUGAUUGACACGGUUAUUUGGUAUGAAGGAAGAAGGCCUUACAAAAUGAUUCGUCUCUAUGCCUGUGAACUUGCAUAUCUUGCAAAACCAGUUCCACUUGUUCACGAUAAAAAUCUUUUCCAGUAUCGCAAAGAAAUGGAAAUGUUUGAAGAGAAAGCCGAGUCAGCGCACAGCAAUCUUUUGAAGUUUACACCGGCUAAAGUAAAACUUUGGACGAAUAAAAGUGGGCUAUUCGUAAGAGACCGGAAGGAAACUCAAAAAAUAUUGUUGGCAUUACCCGGUGGUCACAUUGUUGAUAUGAUAUUGAUUUUGAUUAACAUCAUCUUGAUAUACCGUACUCCUAAACUCUUCAUAAGUUUGCAUCGUCGUUGGUAUGAUCGUCAUACGAUUAUCAUGAAAUCAUUAAAGGAAUAUUGUUUAGAUGGCAUUACUCUGCUGCGAAUAUUUUUUGUGCUUAUCUUUGUAUAUCGAGCACCAAGUCUGAUUCUGGACAUUACCAUUGACAUAUUCAAUAAACACAGUUGGACUGCAGUUAGAGCUACCGCCAAACGAUAUCCAGUAAUGAUUGUUAAAGAUUUCGUUAAUUUAUUUACCAUGAUAUUGCACUGGCGUACUUUGCGUUUUAUCUUUACUGCGAUACUUUAUGGUUUAUUAAUACCAGCAGAUGUUAUGUUGACGGUGUUCAAAUGUUCGUUUAAGAAAUGUACGGCGUAUAUUGUCACAACUGUCUUCUUCCUCAUUUUUUUAGGAUUCCCAUUUUUAUUCCCUUUUUACUUUGGUGAGGUUAUGUUGAACAAUGGCUUUGGGAAUAAAAUUUCUUUCGCUAUUGCUGCAUAUGGGUUAUCAUUUGUCGUUCUCCAGCUACUCUUGAUAAAAAUCUUAAUAAGAAAUCGAGGAAGCAAGUUUUCCGUUGCUCCAGAACCUUAUGACUAUGUACGUAUAAAUUGGGAGAAUGUACAUAUUAUUGUGUUCGAGGUUGUCGAAAUGUUACAAUUGGUAGCCCUUGUUUUUAGCAUGUCCGGCAUACCAGUGGCUGGUAACCGCAUUCUCUAUAAAUACUCAAACUAUUUGCUUUUCAACUUUUUAUCGUUCGAACUCAAACUGUCACUCACUGUUGCAGCGUUUACGACGUGGUUUGUAAUUUGUGGAGCUCCAAUUAUUUUUGAAAAUAUUUUAGAAGAUUUACGUGAAGGAAAGUGUGCAGCAAGGGGAUGGAGGCUACUCAUGUCUAUAUUUUCUAAUACAUUAUUUAUCUCAAUUAUUGAAGGAUUAUGUGGCUUGGUAGCUUGUAAAUAUCCCAAUGUACCUGGAGCGAUGGCAAAUCACAGUAAUUUUACAUUGGUACUCAUUGACCAGGAGUCAAUAUCAUGCUGGCAAGGAGAACAUCGUGGUAUUGCUUUGUUUGGUUUGUGGGGGUUCUUUUGGUACACAAUUACUGCAAUUGUCUAUGGUACAGAAUAUGGUGAAGUUGACAGUCCUGAUGCGGACAUCAAAUUUUCUCCAGUCUACAAUACGUUGAUAAAUCUUGUGAAAGCCGUCAUGAUCGGUAGCGUUGUAUUGUUUUCAGAUGAAUUCUAUUUUGUUUUGGGUUUGCUGUUUGCACUUUCUCUAAUUGCUCUAGUCUUCACGCUUUCUUUUGAACGCAUAUUUGGAUUUGCUUCGUGUAAUUCCGUGUCAGUCAGUUACUUUCGUGUCGCUUCGUUUGUUAUUUUAAGUGUUGCAGUCAUAGCAGCAUUCGUUGCAAAGCGUUUGGGUGAUAAACAUUCAUUCUUACCCGUGGGAAUCCUUCUUGGUGCAAGUUUUAUCACAUUACUCGUGUUUUGUGUUGCAUCUUAUCGUCGAAAAAAGCUAACAAACACAGAAAUACAACGUGCCUUAUUCCGUCAACUGAUCUUGAAGCUUGAGAGCAGUUUGGAAGGAAAUUAUAUGAUAUCUUCUUGGAAUAGCAAGAGAAAACAAUGGCGUAGACUUGUAAAUGGCGUUUACCAUGCUCAAAAGUAUGACAGAAAUGUUUCACCUGAAGUCUGGCAGGGAAUUGAAAUGACAGGCACAAGUUUUGAAGACGCUAUUCCUCCAGCAUCCCCUCCUUCAGAACUGACAUUGCAACAUCCAGUUUUAAGUGCACCACUUACUUCAGAUUUUUCGAGUGCAAGACACGGAUCUUCAUUUAAUGUAACAAGCACCAUCCCUUCCCAUCAUUCUAGUGUAUCUUUAAGUGAAGAAAAACCGGGGGAAUUGCAUACUCUUUCGCCAAGUAGUGAAAGCAAUGAUUUGGAGAACACUGUUAACAGUGACUGCCGACUUAUAUCGGUGAUGCCUGACAAGUAUGAUGACCAAUAUGACGUAUAUGAUUUUUUGAAAAGUGCUGGGAAUUCUAAUCCUUUAAUUGAUGAUUAUAAACACUUUCAAAAAUCAAUGAGUAGAUUGCAGCGCUAUGGAAAAAGUCUUCUUUUAUAUUUUGAACGUCACAUUUUCUUUCGUGCGUUCUCAUUCUCAUUUGUGUUACAAUUACCAUUGUGGCGAGAUGCAGUAGCAGGCAGUGAUUGGACUGGGUUAGUUCAUUGUAUUCAAGUCCUCGAGAAUUCUCUCACCGGAAACUUCAACCAACCCACGUCUCUCGAUAUAUCGCUAGGUGACGAAUAUAUGUCGCCUGGCAUACUAGGUGAUGACCCGGAUGAUGGCUCACCGCCUGCUUUCACUCCUGAACCACGUGACCCAGAAAGCAUCAAACGCAUAUCUGAUGGUGAGCGAGAAAAGGCGUUACACGAUAUUGAACGUUUGUGCUCUGAACAUCUGACGUGGUGUGCUGUGUUCGACAAACUUUUGCCAAAAAUACCGGUUAUUCGUAAGUGGAGCAUCGAAGAUGAAUCACACAGUUUUGAACUCGUUUUACGACGUUCUUGCCAAGCGAAAAUUGUUGAUGUUGGACCCAAAGGAAUUAAACUAGCCAAAGGAGCCGUGAUUGCUUUACCUAAACUUGUCAAAGGCAUACUUCACGAUAAUCGCCUGAAGUUUGAAAAACACUGUGAGCCAAUUGGCAAGAAGGGUCCAUUGUCCGUUUCACUUUCCGAAGUUGAAAUAUUGAAGAUAGGGGAGAAAAUUUAUUUCGGUUCGAGUGGAAAAAAGAUCAGCGUAGAGAAGGCUAUUAACUCUGUAAAAGAAAUUGAAUGGUACUGAUUAGGUUAGUGACCGUAUUCCAUAUAGACAGCGGAAGGAAAUAUUUGUAUUUCUGUAGCAUACAAAUAUUUAAAUAGAUCAUUGUAAGUAUAGUAAGUAUAGUUGUAGUGUAAAAAUAAGUAGUUAAGUAGGUAAUCGUAUAUUUAUGGAGGUAUUGUAGUAGGGAGGCUCUUUUUUUCUCGCUCUGUAAACUGUAAAGUUUUGUUACCUCACAGUAUAAUAAAUGAAAGGAAUCGUUUCAAA